GCGGCGGCCCCAGCUUCACUCGCCACCUCGCGCUGGGACCGGAGCGCCGCUGCAGGCACGGGCCGUGGAGAGGGCGCUGCGCUCGGGCUGCCCAAUGCUUGGACUAUCUGCCGCCGCUGCCCGUGCAAUAUGCUGGAGCUCCAGAACAGCUAAACGGAGUUGCCACACCGCUGCCUGGGCUGGAUCGCAGGGCUGCCUUUCCUUAUGAAGAAGACACAAACUUGGAUUAUCACUUGCAUUUAUCUUCAACUGCUCCUAUUUAAUCCUCUCGUCAAAACUAAAGAGAUCUGCGGGAAUCCUGUGACUGAUAAUGUAAAAGACAUCACAAAAUUGGUAGCGAAUCUUCCAAAAGAUUAUCUGAUAACCCUCAACUAUGUCACCGGGAUGGACGUUUUGCCUAGUCAUUGUUGGUUACGCCAGAUGGUAAUACAGUUGUCAGUCAGCUUGACUAAUCUUCUGGACAAGUUUUCGAAUAUUUCUGAAGGUUUGAGUAAUUACUCCAUCAUAGACAAACUUGGGAAGAUAGUGGAUGACCUUGUGGAGUGCACGGAAAACUCAUUUAAGAAUGUGAAAGAAUUAUCAAAGAGGCCUGAACCGAGGAACUUCACUCCUGAAGAGUUCUUUAGAAUUUUUAAUAGAUCCAUUGAUGCCUUCAAGAAUUUUACGGUGGCAUCUGAAAAUAGUGAUUGUGUGAUUUCAACACUAAGUCCUGAGAAAGAUUCCAGAGUCAGUGUCACAAAACCAUUUAUGUUACCCCCCGUUGCAGCCAGCUCCCUUAAGAAUGACAGCAGUAGCAGUAAUAGCCGAGCAGCAGAAUCCAUUGAGGACUCCAGCCUGCAGUGGGCAGCCAUGGCUCUGCCCGCCUUCUUUUCUCUUGUGAUUGGCUUUGCUUUUGGAGCCUUAUACUGGAAGAAGAAACAACCAAAUCUUACAAGAGCAGGUGAAAAUAUACAGAUUAAUGAAGAAGAUAAUGAGAUAAGUAUGUUGCAAGAAAAAGAGAGAGAGUUUCAAGAAGUGUAAUUGUGGCUUGUAUCAACACUGUUACCUUCGUACAUUGGCUGGUAACAGUUCAUGUUUGCUUCAUAAAUGAAGCAGCUUAAACCAAUUCCUAUUCUGUCUGAAGUGACAGACCUCAUCUUAUCUGUGCUUGCUACCCAUGACUAUAUGGAUGAUUCAGAACUUGGAACAGAGUGUUUUACUGUGAAACUGGCACUGAAUUAAUCAUCUAUAAAGAAGAACUUGUAUGGAGCAGGACUCUAUUUUAAGGACCAGAGGGUCUCGUGGUCUCAUUCAGAACUUGCAAGUGAUGACGGGAGAGAAAGCUUGUGUCUCAGUUUGCACGCACCAUUCGCCUGGCUCCAGAAAUGUCUCAAGUGCUGAAAAACCACACGGCUUUACUCUUCAGUCACAGUCUGCAGCCUGUAGUUACCCAGGUUCUGCAAGCAGGUUUUCAGCCUGGCUAGUGGGGGGAACAACUUUUCUCAAAGGAAUCUAGAAAAAAAAAUAUGAAAAGAAAAACUCAGUAGUGUCAGCCACUGUGGAGUGUGGAAAGCAGUGGGAACUGAGUGCUGGGAGCAGGCACGUCAGCUUUGUACUUGGCCAAUUGAUGAGAGCAGUCUGACUUUGAUCCCUUCCUGACAUAGACCAGGCACACGCAUAUCCCACUAGAGAAAUGGACGUGAGUGACUGGUUCUGUCUAUGCAGGCGAGUCAGUACUGAAUUAGAACAGUGACGCCUUGGCUUAGGGAAGCCUUUCCCCAAGAGUCAUCAGAGUCAUCGCAGGAAGGAGCUGCGAACCGUGACCAGCAGCAUGUGCCGAGGAGGACAUUUGGCAUCCCUGGCAAAGUCAGCCUUUUGCUUUGGCUACUUUAGUGUGUAUAAAUUGUGUUUGCAAAUUAUAUUAUGACAUGUUUAUACUCUAAAACUAUUGCAGAGUUAUGUAGACGGAUGUGGGGGAAAAUUCUGAAUGUAUGAUGGUCCUAUUUUCAAUUUUUACCAUGGAAGAAAGUAAGAAUAAAUUAUGAUGUUUAGUAUCCAAGGUUAGAGAAUCACACCCCAUGCAAAUAUGGGUGUUGAAAACUAGGUUACUUUUACAAUAAUGCAAGGAAACGGGAAACCUUAGUUAUUUAUAAUCACCAUUAUCUGUUUAAAGGAACAAUUUAUUUAAAAUCAGGCAUCCUAUGUUUAUUAGGUAUGAAAUAAAAAUAAAAGAGAGCUUCAUGUAAUUAUGCAUGUCAGUUUGCUAUUUAAAGUAUGUGACAGCAUUUGUCAUAUCAAGAGUGCAUUUGGCCAGAAUUUCCAAGAUGGACAUUGUGCUUUUAAAAUAAAAUUUGUAGGACACUAUGUUAAUUCCCCUUGCCAAUUUUUUAAUAGUCAAAAGAAUAUCUUAAUAAGGUCAAAUAGUGAUUUUUCUAUUGUUUUAUUUUGUUGAAAGUUCUUUUAACAUAUGAACAAAUACCUAAAGGAACCCAAAGCCUCUCAAUCCAAUUAUCUUUGUAAUAACAUUAUCGCCAUGUACUAUAACCUUAAGAUGACCGUUUUUAAUGUUGUUAUACAAAAGGGCAUGAAAAACUAAAUGUUAGCUUUCCUUUGAUUUCAAAUAUCCAAGAAUUUCUCAUACAGUUGGAUUUUAGCUCAUAUUCCGAACUAAUUCACAUACAGUUUAUUUUGUGGCCUUUGCUCUUUCUUAUACCAAAGAGCUUCGAUGAUUUCUAUGCUUUCUUUCUUCUGUAAAGUGCUGUGCUUCCUCCAGCAUGAGUCAUUUCUCGAGGAAUCAAGGCAAGUUCACUGGGAAGCUGCAUUAACUUUUGAGGCCCUCAGCUAUCCAAUGGUACAACUGGUUAGUUAUAUUAAGGAUCAGUUUAAUUGCCGAAAGGACCUAUCCAUGUGCGUGUAUGGCAGAUUGUUUUGAGGAAAAUAGGCAUAAGUUAACAUGACUUAUAUAUGUUGGUAAUGUACAGGGUGAGAAGACUGAUUGUCUCAGGCUAGUGGUUUGGUUAUUUAUCCAGUGAUUUUAGUCUGUUUGGGUAUAUGAAAAUGCUGUUUUCUGAGACUGAGGGUAUAAAAAACACAAAGUGUGUUUCUCAAAGCUAGUAGUUUGGGUUUAGCACUCAAGAAAAUGGUCUUAAUUAAUAGAGUUAAGUGACAAAUUUAGCAGGCUAUGAAAUCUGUCAUGGAAAGGGAGGAGAGAUGUGUCCUGCCUAUUAAAUAUAUUGGUUCAUUGACAGUUACAUAAUUGGCAAUUUUUAAAUCACUAAAAUUCAGUAAAGUACAUGAAUAAUAGAAAAGCGCUGAACAUUAUUUGGGAUGCUAGCUGCUUGGGAGUUUAAUUAUGUCAUAUCUGCUUUGGAAUAAAAAUAUACAUAUAUCUUUGCUUAUUUGAGCCCAUGUGUUCUGAAUACCCUUUUGCAUAGUUUGUGGAAAACUCACAAGUGAGAUAAUAAACCAUGAAAUAGCCUUUUAAAUUGGUGCCGUGUAUCUGAUGGUUGUCUUUUACAGUGUUUCAAAAUUGCCUUGUAAUUAGGAUGGUCUCAAAAGUUUGUAGAUUGUAAAUUAUACUGAGAGCUUUGUACGUUUUCGCUCAAGACCAAGUCUAUAGCAAAACUGACUCUGUGAUAAAUGGGGCCUGCCCGUAAUACUGAAUAUUCCUGGAUGACGUGUAAUAAUGCAAUGUGCUUGCCACACUGCCACUUUUAAUGAGUCAGAGACAAAUUGAUUUUUUAAUACAGUACUAGACUAAGUAGCCUAUCCUCUUAAUAAAGGAUUGCAUAUGUGAAAAAUGGAAAUAUGAGAAAGCAUGUGUUGACAAUGAAGUAUUCACUUUUAGCAAGAAUAAAACACAUUUUACUUGGAGAAACUUUGCAGCAAAUUUUAUCACUCUCAUUCAACUGAAGUUAUAAAUGAACAGAAAAAUCAUUUUGAAAUCACGACUGUUUCCUAAAGGGUUUCUACAGCUAGGUUUAGGUGUCAGCAUUUGUUUCUAAUAUGGGGCAUUGAACUAUUCCAGAUCUGUUCUCUUUUAAGAAAUAAUUCUUCAAAAAAACAGUUUGGCAUAGUGAGAAUUGAUGUUGGGAAAACUGUCGGAAGCUCUACUUUGCCGUUAAGUAAUGUGGCAAACCACCUCUCCUCUAGGAGUCUCGAUUUUUUAAUUUAUCCGUGUGAUGAAUUUGGAGGUCACUUCUUGGAGUGAGCCUUUUCUGCUGUGUGACUGACAGUCAGAUUAAAAUGCAGUACAGCAGAAACUGUCCCAUACAAAAUACCCAACUCUGCUCUCUGUGUAUAAACAUUUUGACCAUAAAAAUUUUUCUCGUCUUUGUUUCAGAUGUAAAUAGGGUCCAUUAGGAAACAAGAAAUUCAUUUGCAAGUAGGGUAAAUUAGAUAACCAUGUACACAACAGAUGGCUUUUACUUUGUUUAAAUAAACAUUUUGGAUCACCUCCGAAGAAAGAAAAUUAGUAGUAUAUUUUAGCUGGGGAGGUACACUUCAAGAUGUGUGUAAUAUUUGGAAAUGCACCAAAUUAAACAUUUGACUGUUCUCAUUUUAUUGAAAGCUAAGAGCAGAAGAUAAUAAGAUGCUCGUACAGCUUUUGAAUGCCAAAAGAUAUUUUAAAACCAUUUCAUAAAAGGAUAAUCCAUAAAAUAAAUUUUAAAAUUGGAAACUGGGACAAGAAUUUUAAAGGAAGCCAGCUUAUGUUUGAACUGGUAUUAUUUUGAAUUUUGCUUUAAAACACAACCAUUCAAGUGAAAAUUCAGUCACCUAAUUAAUGGUUUUGCUGCCUUCCAUUAAGUAGUCUUUUUAAAUGCCUUUGAAAAGAUAAAAUAAUAGUACUUUUAUUUCAUCACAAGGUGUUGUUUUAAAAAUAAUCUAUAUUAAAAUGUAUAUUUAUGACCCUAAAAUGUUUGCUAAGCAUUUAAUGUAUAAUUGUCAUCUCCUGACUACAUUCUUAUAAUGUUCAUAAAGAUAUAACUAAGAUGAGAUGUGUUUAAACUAAAAACCAUGGCAUUUUCUUUUACUUGAUUUUUGAGAUGCAACACUAAAUAUAAUUUUCCAAACAAAACAGCCAUUUCUCCUGUAUUCUAAGCAUUAAUGUGUGAUUAAUGUGUCCACUUGCCACUGUUUUUUUUUUUAAAUCAAUGGACUUGAGAAGUAUUCAGACAGUUAGAUGGAUGCACAGAUAUAUUGCUAGUUCAGUCAUAGAUCAGAGUUUGCAUAUUGUAAUGUAAGUGUAUGUCAACACUAUUCUAAAUAGUUUCAUCAUGACUGACGUUUAAAUAAAAAGUUGUAAAAAUGUGAUGUGUAUGUGUAUAUACUGUAUGUGUACUUUUUAAAAUAGGUAUAUGUCCUGACCCUUUUUAUACACGUUUGAAUUUGAAAUUACAUUAUAUAAACAUAUACUUUAUUGUUCUAAAUAAAGAAUUUUAUGCACUCAUAAA